CUUUAUGCCACAGGCUAUUGUGACGUCCUUCCGCUGAAAUGUCAGCCACCGCGAUUGCUUCCGGUAGCAUAGGCGUCUACUUGUUUUGGUAGGUAGCUGCUACGCUAACGUUAGUUGACAAGACAUGAAAAAGUCAACUUUUAAAUACCAGAAAGUGUCUGGUACAACUGCCGAACACUGCUGUGUACCACAGUGCCAGGCAUCUGCAAAGUACUACUUAGUUUUUUUACUUUUCCUGCCGAUGAGGAGCUGAGGCGUAAGUGGAUUGUCGCUAUCCGCAGGGACAAAUUUAGUGUAACGCCUCACACCCGGGUGUGUAGCCGGCACUUCAAAACUGAAGACAUCCGUGAACCAGCAGCAGAAACAGGUCGACGGCUGUUGAAAAGGAACUCUGUUCCUGUGUUAUUUGAGUGGAACAACUUCUCCCUUCCACCUAUAAGACCAGGAGUUUGGGAGAGAAGGGAAAGACCGCCGCCAGAGGAUGACCGGGAGGGUACACCGGAUCACGUAGCAUUCGACGUCCUCAUGCAACACGACUACGCGUCGAAACCUGAAGCUGCAGUUGUUGAUUUGGUGUUGGAGGAAAAUAUGUCUCUCCGGGAGGAAAUUCGCCUGUUACGCCAACAGAUCGAGGGCCUUACACUGAGGCAGCGGUUCGGCAUUCACCGUUUUGCGGCCUCGGACAAGGAUAUCAGGUUCUUUACAAGGUUUGCAUCAUAUGAUCUACUGAUGCGGUUCUGGGGCUUGAUUGCAAACUCUCUACCAUCCAUGGUCAGUGUUCGACAAGCACAGAGAGGAGCUUUCACAGAGUCAAACGCUACCCAUUCCCUGCAGCCCAUUGACGAGUUUUUCUUAUUUUUGAAUUACCUUGCCCUUGGGUCCAAGCAACGGGACCUUGCUGACCGGUACAGUAUCCAUCAGUCCACAGUCAGCAGAAUUAUAACAACCUGGAGCAACUUCCUGUUCACAGUACUCGGCUCAGUGAGGAUCUGGAUACCCGAAGACGAGAUACGGAGAAAUCUGCCUGCAGACUUUAAGGACUACCCUGACACCACAGUCAUCCUUGACUGCACUGAGCUGAGGUGUCAAUGCCCAUCUUCCCCUCUCCUCCAGAGUGAGGUAUUUUCCUCCUACAAGUCCCACUGCACUCUGAAGGGGCUCAUUGGGAUCGCGCCACAUGGGCCAGUGACAUUCGUCUCCGCGCUGUUUGCUGGGUCUAUCAGCGACAAACAGAUUACCCGUGAGUCUGGUGUCCUAAGUCUGCUCAAACCUGAGAUGGCUGUCAUGGUAGACAGGGGCUUCCUCAUCAAUGACAUUGUGCCUUGCAAGGUCUACAGGCCACCCUUCCUCUCUGGCAGGUCUCAGAUGUCUGCCUCUGAGGUUACGGAGACACAGGCCAUAGCCCGUUUAAGGGUGCAUGUUGAACGCUCCAUUCGCCGGGUCAAGGAGCACAAGUUCUUUGAUUCAGUGAUUCCCCUACGGGUUUUUGGGAGCAUUAACCAACUCUACACAGUGGCUUGUCUGCUUACCAACUAUGAAAAUGGGCCACUGGUAAAGGCUUGGGCAAAGAAGCCUGAGGUCUGAGGUCUUUCUAAC